AUGUAACAAGGUCUUUACAUUUCUGACCCUGCUGAAUACUUACAAAAAAUGAGAGAACAUAAAAAGAUUUUAGUUGUCAAAUAAGAUAUUUUUGGCUUCUAACUUUAUGAUAUAUCACUUCAUAAGAAAGGUCCAAUUGAAGAUAAACUUUAUCUAAAAAAUCCAUUCUUUUUGAUGAAUGUCAGAAGAGGCAAUUCAAUAUUAGUAUAGGAUGAUUGUAUCAAUAUCUGUAGAAGAGGGAUGAGAAAGUUCUAUGAUCUUGAAAGAAAGUAUAUUGAUUAUGAAUUGGAAUAAUAAAAUGUCAAAUUGUCUAGAUAUCAUGAAAAAGCAUGUUUAAAUAUUUUACAUCCUAUAAAAUAAGCUAUUUAAGAGGGUAAAAAGAUUCAUCUUUACAAAUUAUUUAAAGAAAAUGGUGAACAUUGUUAAAUAAGUUUUACAAAUGGAUAUUGGUUAGUGGCAUCUAAAAACUGUACAAUUCUAUUCUAAUAAGAAGAUGAUUUAAAAAUAUAUAAUGAUUUAAGACAUACAUGGGCUAAAUUAAUUGCAAAAUAAUGGUUAGAAAUUAUUAAAGAAUAAAAUUUUGAUGAUUUAAAAUCAUUUCUUAAUCAACAUACAUUAAUUGGAGAAUAUUGUGGAAAUCCUGAUUAUUAACAUAUAACAAAGUAUUCUCAUAUUCAACUUAUAUUUUAUGCAAUAGUGAAUAACAACUCUCCAGAUAUAUGUUUACCAGUAGAAUAGACAAAGUAAAUUUGUGAAUAAUAUAAAUUGCAAUUUGUGAAAAACUCUUCCAUUAAAAACUUCGAUAAUUAUGAAGCUAUAUUAAAAUAAUUAGCAGUCUGGUCUAAAAUAAUUGGAGAAGGACCUAUGGAAUUAGAAGGCGAAGGAUCAGUUGCUUAUAUAGUAGCAGAAGAUCAUAUUGGAAAUUAAUAGAUGAUUAGUUUAUGUAAACUAAAAUCAAUGGAAUAUUUAAUCUAUAGAAAAUUAAGAGAAAUGUUAAAGAUAUUGAUUUAAAAGAUUAAUCUCAAUGAACAUUAUUAAUUAUCUGUUUAAUUAGGUAAAUUCCUUAAUGAAUUACAAAUUAUAAUCAAAUAAUAUUCACCUCCUCAACCUAUUAGAUAUUAUCUUCAUAUUUCUAAAUUAGCCUUUGAAGAAGUUUAUAAUAAUAAAAUUCCCUUUGAAAAAAUCAGAUAUAAUUUUGUAGAUUUUUUAGAACAUAUCUAAAAUAUGCAGGAAGAUAAAAUGAGUGAAAUAGAUGAAUUAGGAGAAGUGAAAUAAAAAAACUUACAGAGACAUGUGAGAGUCAUUUUGUUAACAUUACCUAUGUUGAUAGAAGAUAAAGUAUUAUAGAAUUUAAAGGAUAAACUUAAUAUUUAAUGUGUAGAAUGUUAAUAUAUGUGUAGAAAUUAAAAAGUAUUUGCAUAAAGAGCAAUAUCUAUUUUACAUAUGAUUCCUAAAUUACCAUAUAAUAUAAAUAAUGAAUAAUAAUUGAAUGAUUAUUUAGUUAAUUCAGCAUUAUAAAAUUAAGAUCCAGCAAAUAUUAUUUUUGUUUUUUUAGGUAUGAAUUAAGAGGCAUUCAAAAUAUCAUUAUAAAAUUUAUAAUCUAAAAAUUUUUAAGAUUAAAAUCCUAUUAUAAGUUCUUUUGGUGUUUAAUUUUCAACAGCAAAGCCAAAAGUCUAAUAAUUAAGUUUAGAGAGAUGGCUAGAAAAAGGUUAAGUUUAUUUAAAAGAAUGUUAAAAGAAUUUUCCAAAUAGAACUUUUGUAUUAGAUGAACUUGAUUUAUAGAAAUUAGAAUAAAUAAUAAAAUAAUUUGAAUUUACAGAAUAAUCAUCAAUAGAAGAAUAAAAUGAAAUUGAUUUAGAGGAAUCUGAUGAAGAAGUUAAAGCUUAAAAAAAGAUAGUAAUAAUUUAUCCAUUAAUGAUACCAGGUUCUGGAAAAUCAACAUUGGUUGAAUAUUUAAAAUAAAAUUAUUAAGAUUAUCCUUUUUAUGAUAUAUGUGCAGAUGAUAUAACAUUUUAAUUAAUAAAGGAUAAGCUUGGAAUGAGUACAGAUUCAUUAGCAAUAUAAUUCUAAAAAGUUUUCUUAUAUAUAAAAGAAGCCUUUUAAUAAGAAUUUCAUAAGAAGAUAAAUGAAAUUAUAAACUCUAAUAAUGAUAAAGCUGUAUUAUUUGUGGAUCGUAAUUGUGUUCCUCAUACAUUAUUAUAUAUGAUUGAUCAUGUCAAAGCAAUUUAAACGGAUAUUGCUCUUAAGAAAGGAGUUUCUAUAAAGAUCUAUAAUAUUGGAUUCACAUUUCCAAUUUAAGAUAGUAAUAUAUAAAAUACACCCUUUUGUUAUGAUUAUGCACUUACAAUUCUAAAUCGGUUAUUGGUUAGAAAUGAUCAUAUUUUAUUGGGAAAUGAUGUUCUAUAUAAAACAUAAGUUUGUAUGAAAAAUCUAGCAUUAUAUACAGGGUUUAAAGCUAAAGAUUCUUACUUUUAGAAAUUUCAUCUAUAAAAGAUCCUUCCUAUGAGUUAUCCUAUAGAUAGAUUCAAUCUUGAUAAGAAUGAUUUGUAUGUUGCAUAAGAUCUUAUCUCUAAAGUAAAUAUUUUAUAUAAUCUUAGUGUGUAUUAGCAUCGUAAUAGACUAGAGAUUUAGGAUAAGGAGAAGAGUUUAUCAAACUUAUUGAAUUUAUGUACUCUAUUAAGGAGAAGUACAAAAUUAAUGAAUUUGAUUUGAAAGAAGAGUGUAGAUAAAAUUGUCAGAGAUUAUCAGUUGCUAUCAAAAAACUAUUAAUGCCAUGA